UCUUUUCGCAUUGCGGGGCGCUGGAGGUUGGCGCUGUGCCCCCGGCGCCGCACGUGGCGGCCGGUAGGGGCCGGGGGAGGCAAAUCUGGAGACGGACCCACCCCCCCAGCCCCUCGACCCCAACCCGCCUGAGUUGCGGUUGCCACCGGGCGAGGGCGGGGGUCGCCAAGCUGAGAGGACUGUGGGGAGGGGUGACGUCAGGGUGAGUGGGAGCCAAGAAAGGAGCGAGUAGGAGAGAGGUGGGGAGGGGGUAGCGGGAGAGGGAGAGAGAAGCCGUGGGUCGGGUCGAAUGAGAAGCGAAGGCAGGCAGGAGACAAGGGGAAGGAAGGAGAGAGAAGUCGCUGCAGAGGACGGCUGACUGCGUUCCCUUCCCGGGGCUGCGGGUCCAAGUGGGGUAGGAAGUGCUGUCUGGGGAAGCUGGAAGGGCAGCGGGCAGGGGGAGGAAAAGAGAGAGCGAAAAGAGGUGGGGUGGGGACGGUGGUGGAGGAGGAGAGAGGAAAGGAGAAGGGGAGACAGGAGAGACUGACGGGAGAGAGGAAACUGCCGGAAGGAGAAAGAAGAGGAGGAGAGAGGCAAAAUAGAAAGAAGAGAGUUGAAAAGAAGGGUUAGAGGUACAGGAAGGGAGGGAGAAAGGAGAAGGUACACGGUGGCAACAGGACCUCAGAAGGACAGAGAAUCAAGAGUAGGAAUGUGGCGAGGAAGCAGCACAGGGGGUAGCCAGGGAGCAGCCAUGGAGGGAACCGGUGAACUGGGGGGACAGGGGAACUGGGGUCUGGAGGAUGGCCCAGGCCUCUUGGCCAGGGCCUCCCUGCCCAUCAUGCCUGCAUGGCCAUUGCCUCUGGCCUCUUCUGCCCUUACCCUGCUCCUUGGAGCCCUCACUUCCCUUUUCCUCUGGUAUUGCUACCGCCUGGGCUCCCAAGACAUGCAGGCCCUGGGGGCUGGAAGUCGGGCUGGGGCUGUUGGUGGUAGGCCUGGAGGGUGCUCUGAAGCGGGCAGGCCAAGUCCAGGCCGCUCUGGAGAGUCCGGAGAAGGACCCAGGACGGAAGGCCUAAUGAGCCGUCGCCUUCGGGCCUAUGCCAGGCGCUACUCUUGGGCAGGGAUGGGUAGGGUGAGGCGGGCAGCUCAGGGUGCCCCCAGCCUGGGGGGAGGGCCAGGGGUCCUGGGCAUCCAGCGCCCAGGCCUGCUUUUCCUGCCAGACUUGCCCUCUUCCCCCUUCGUGCCCCGGGAGGCCCAGAGGCACGAUGUGGAGCUCCUGGAGAGCAGCUUCCCAGCUAUCUUGCGGGACUUUGGGGCUGUGAGCUGGGACUUCUCAGGGACAACUCCUCCGCCUCGGGGCUGGUCCCCACCGCUGGCCCCUGGGUGCUACCAGCUCCUGCUAUACCAAGCAGGCCGCUGCCAACCCAGCAACUGCCGCCGGUGCCCAGGGGCCUAUCGGGCACUGAGGGGGCUGCGAAGCUUUAUGAGUGCCAACACCUUCGGCAAUGCUGGCUUCUCCGUCCUCCUGCCUGGCGCCCGGCUUGAUGGCCGCUGUGGGCCCACUAAUGCCCGCGUCAGAUGUCAUCUGGGCCUGAAGAUUCCCCCUGGUUGUGAGCUGGUGGUCGGGGGCGAGCCCCAGUGCUGGGCUGAGGGACACUGUCUUCUGGUGGAUGACUCCUUCCUAUACACAGUGGCUCAUAAUGGCUCUCCCGAAGAUGGGCCUCGAGUGGUCUUCAUCGUGGACCUCUGGCAUCCCAAUGUGGCUGGGGCCGAACGCCAGGCUCUCGACUUUGUCUUCGCACCAGACCCUUGAAGGAAGAUGCUCCUUUCAGACAUCCGGGCUGGAGAGAGGCUGCACUCAGGGAUGGCUUGAGUGGUAGCCAAGACCGCCUCUCCACUGCAGGGGGUGGGGUGGGGCUGAGGGUGGGAACUGGCUGAAAUAUAGAUUUUAAAUCCUC